GCUGCGCUGUGCGCCUGCGCUCUGGCGGCGGCGGUGCCCGGCGGGGAGCGGGUCCGGAGCGGGCCGCCGGACCCAAAACUGAGGGGGCCGUCCGGGGCCUCAGGGAGCUCCCUCGCCGGGCCGGCGGCGGCCUGAUGGAGUAAGAGGGGUCGUCUGUGGAUGUGUGAAGUUGAGUGCUUCAGAUCUGGUCACUAUGGUACGAGAACGAAAAUGCAUAUUGUGCCACAUUGUGUACACCUCCAAAAAGGAGAUGGACGAACACAUGCGGAGCAUGUUGCAUCACAGGGAACUUGAGAACCUGAAGGGCAGGGAUAGUAGUCAUGAGUGCCGAGUGUGCGGGGUCACAGAAGUGGGUCUUUCUGCAUAUGCGAAGCACAUUUCUGGCCAGUUGCACAAAGAUAAGGUUGAUGCCCAGGAAAGAGAAGAUGAUGGAAAGGAAGAAGAAGAAGAAGAAGAUUAUUUUGACAAGGAACUUGUUCAGUUAAUAAAACAAAGGAAAGAACAAAGUCGACAAGAUGAACCUUCCAAUAGCAGCCAAGAAAUAAACUCUGAUGAUAGACGACCCCAAAGGAGACGAGAAGACCGAAUUCCUUACCAAGACAGAGAGAGUUACAGUCAGCCAGCAAGGCAUCAUCGUGGACCUCCACAGCGUGACUGGAAAUGGAAAAAAGAUGGCUUUAAUAAUACCCGGAAAAAUAGCUUUUCUCAUUCGAGGAAUAAUGGGUCAAGAGGAUGUUCUGGGUGGCAUAAGGGUGCUUCAGGAGGCUCCUCAAGUUGGUUUCACAACCAUAGUAACUCUGGAAGUAGUUGGCAUUCAAAUAGUGGAAUAGUAGACUGGAAUCAUAAUGGUACAGGAAGAAAUUCCAGUUGGCAUUCUGAAGGAACAGGUGGCUCUUCCAGUUGGCAUAUAAACAGCAGCAAUGGAAAUUGGAAAUCCAGUGUACGUAGCACAAAUAAUUGGAAUUACAAUGGCCCUGGAGACAAAUUUCAACCAGGCAGAAACAGAAAUUCUAACUGUCAAAAGGAAGAUAAGAUGAUGCCACGGAACAAGAAAUCUAGUAAGUCAAGCAAAUACAAUCAGGAGAGGUAUAAUUGGCAGUGGCAAGAAAAUGAUAAAGUUGGUACAGUUGCCACAUACAGAGGUUCUUCUGAAGGAUUUACAAGUGAUGAAUUUCCUUCAGAAGGCUUACUUGACUUCAAUUUUGAACAACUGGAAAGCCAAACCACUAAACAGACAGACACUGCAGCUUCCAAAAUUAGUGGAAAGAACAGCAGUAUAACAAGAGAAAAGCUUCAUCGCUGGACUCCCUACCCUUCUCAGAGGUCUCUGGAUUUACAGGCAGCGCUGAAAGAAGUCACUGGUAACAAGUCAGAAACGAUGGAUAAGCCUUUGUUUGAUUUUAGUUUGAUAACCGCAGGAUUACAAGAACCCCAGACUGGUAAAACAAAUAAUUUCCUAACGCCAACACAAAAAGAAAUACCUUCUACAUCUGUUAGUCACAAAGCCACUUCUGAUUGCACUGCUUCCCAUGAAGGGGGGAGAGAGUGCCCUGUUACAGAAAAACCUGAAAGAGAACAUAACUCAAAUAAGAUGCCAUCAGCAAAGUCCCCACUCCUUCCAAUUCCAGCCACUAAAUCAGUUCCUCAAAAGCAAGAUUCAAAGAAGCCCUCAAAAAACACCAAAACAAAUUCUUUUUUCCCCAGAGAAUACUCAAACCCCUUGAACAAACCCACUUUGGAAGAUAAUCAUGGUUCUUCUUACAUUUCCAAAUUGCGUAGUUCACGUCCUCGUACAUCAAAAGGGAAUAAAAGUAUGUUUGGCACUCAGAGGGAACCUGAUGACAGUUUAAAUGAUACGUUACGAAAAGCCAAGGAGGUGCUACAGUGUCAUGAGUCACUGCAAAAUCCACCUCUUAGCACUUCUAAAAGGACGAAGAACUAUGCAAAAGCGAGCAGAAAUGUAGAAGAGUCUGAAAAAGGGUCUUUGAAGAUUGAGUUUCAAGUACGUGCAUUAGAAGAUGAAAGUGAUGGGGAGACAUCCGACAUGGAAAAGCAUGGAACAAAAUCUGGAGUCCAGAGUUCUUCAACUACAGAAGUUUUAUCCUGCAACACUCACACUGCUGAUGAGAAAGAAGACCAGAUCCUGAAAACAUCUAGAAAUCUGUCUGCUUCCCCGUGUAAUUCCACACUUCACCAGAAAGAGUCUGAGUUACAAAUGACAACUGCAGCCAGUCCACACUGUGGCUUAUUGCUGGACUUGAAGACCUCUCUAGAAGAUGCGCAAGUUGACGACUCUGUAAAAUCUCCUGUAUCUUAUGAAACAGAAGGCUUUGAGAUUACUAGCUUGGAUGCAGAGCUUCAAAAGGGUGAUAUUGGUCAGCCCUCAGGCCCUCUUCUGCCUGAACUAAGCAAGCUUGGCUUUCCUGCCUCACUCCAGAGAGAUCUAACCAGGCACAUUAGUUUGAAGAGUAAAACUGGAGCACACCUUCCUGAGCCAAACCUCAAUAGUGCUCGCCGCAUUCGCAAUAUUAGUGGUCAUCGAAAGAGUGAUACAGAGAAGGAGUCUGGACUCAAGCCAACCCUCCGACAGAUUCUCAAUGCAUCUCGGAGAAAUGUCAACUGGGAGCAGGUCAUUCAGCAAGUCACCAAGAAAAAGCAAGAGCUGGGCAAAGGCUUGCCCAGGUUUGGCAUAGAAAUGGUGCCCCUGGUUCAAAAUGAACAGGAGGGCUUAGAUUUGGAUGGGGAACCUGAUCUUCCUGAUCUAGAAGGAUUCCACUGGGAAGGUGUUUCCAUUUCUUCCUCUCCUGGGUUGGCAAGAAAGCGAAGCCUGUCUGAGAGCAGUGUGAUCGUGGACAGGGCUUCUUCUAUGUAUAGCUUCUUCAGUGAGGAAGGUACAGGCAAAGAAAAUGAGCCCCAGGAGAUGGUUUCACCAAGUAAUUCAUUGAUGGCUACACAGAGUCAAAAAGCAACCAUGCGCCUUAAACAGGAAGUGUCACCUCUGACUACCUCCCUCAGGACAGAUGAAAGGGCUGAAAAUGUUGCUGCCCUAAGGCAGCAUAGUGCACAAAUCCCCUCUGACCAUGUGAUACCUUUGAUGCAUUCUGCUAAAGAAUCGGACAGCCACGAGAGGUCUACACCACCGUCAGAGAAUCAGACUGCUCAGGAGAGUAACGGAGAAGGAAACCCUUUAUCAAAUGCAUCCUCAGCCCUUGCAAUCUCCAGUUUAGCAGAUGCGGCCACAGAUAGUAGCUGUACUUCUGGUGCGGAACAAAAUGAUUGCCAGAGUAUUAGGAAGAAACGAAGAGCCACUGGAGAUGGAUCAUCUCCUGAACUCCCAAGUCUUGAGAGAAAAAAUAAAAGAAGGAAAAUUAAAGGAAAGAAAGAACGUUCUCAGGUUGAUCAGCUGCUGAAUAUUUCUUUAAGAGAGGAAGAACUAAGUAAAUCAUUGCAGUGCAUGGAUAACAACCUUCUGCAAGCCCGUGCUGCACUUCAGACAGCUUAUGUUGAAGUUCAGAGACUGCUUAUGCUCAAGCAGCAGAUAACUAUGGAGAUGAGUGCACUGAGGACCCAUAGAAUACAGAUUCUACAGGGAUUGCAAGAAACAUAUGAACCUUCUGAAAACCCAGACCAGGUUCCCUAUAGCCUCACACGAGAACAAAGGAAUAGCAAAUCUCAGACAUCUGCUGAUGCCACACUGCUGCCUGCUCCUUUCUACCCAGCAUUCCUGGACCCUCCAUCGUCCCAUGUGUCUCCGUCAUCCAGUGGAGCCUGUCUCCAAGUAAACACAUCUACUUUCCCAGGCCAUGGCAGUGUCCCUGCUCCAGACUCAUCAGUUCAUAUUAAACAAGAGCCCAUGUCUCCUGAACAAGACGAGAAUGUGAAUGCUGUGUCACAAGGCUCUGCUUGCAAUGUGUCCAAGGGAUUACUGCAAGUUAAUAGAGAGAUCAGUGAUAGUUGUCCCGUUUAUCCAGUCAUUACUGCAACGUUGCCCUUAUCAGAGCUAACAGAAAGUUUCCAUGAGCCUAGCCAAGAGCUGAAGUUUUCUGUGGAGCAAGGAAACAGCAGAAACAGAGAAAACGCUCCCUCAUCCCAAUCACCUGGUCUUCCUAGCAUAAAUAAAGAAAGUGAAGAGCCAACCAAAAGCAACAGUGGGUCUGAAGCCUGUACCAGUUCUUUUCCAAGAUUAUCUUUUGCUUCAGAAACCCCUUUGGAGAAAGAACCCUACUCUCCAGCUGACCAGCCUGAACAACAGGCAGAAUCCACCCUGACAUCAGCUGAAACUAGGGUGAACAAGAAAAAGAAGAAACUUCGGAAGAAGAAAACUCUACGAGCUGCCCAUGUUCCGGAGAAUAGUGACACUGAACAGGAUGUAUUUACUGCUAAACCUGUGAGGAAGUUAAAAACUGGAAAGAUAACUAAAGGAGGGAAAGUAACAACCUCCACCUGGGAAGACAGUAGAACUGGUCUGGAGCAGGAGAGUGUCAGAGAUGAGCCAGAUAGUGACUCGUCUCUGGAAGUCCUAGAAAUUCCUAAUCCUCCUUUAGAAGUGGUAGCCAUUGAUUCUUCUGAAUCUGGAGAAGAGAAACCAGACAGCCCAUCGAAAAAGGAUAUUUGGAAUGCUGCAGAGCAAAACUCACUGGAAACUUCUCGUUCUGGAUGUGAUGAAGUUAGCUCUACCAGUGAGAUUGGCACUCGCUAUAAGGAUGGCAUCCCUGUAAGUGUGGCAGAAACUCAAACUGUGAUCUCUUCUAUAAAAGGAUCUAAGAACUCUUCAGAAAUAUCCUCAGAGCCAGGAGAUGAUGAUGAGCCCACAGAAGGAAGCUUUGAGGGGCACCAUGCUGCCGUGAAUGCAAUUCAGAUAUUUGGGAACUUACUCUAUACUUGUUCAGCGGAUAAAACUGUCCGAGUGUAUAAUCUGGUGAGUCGGAAAUGUAUUGGUGUCUUUGAGGGCCAUACCUCCAAGGUGAACUGCCUCCUGGUUACCCAGACGUCUGGGAAGAAUGCUGCCCUUUACACUGGUUCUAGCGAUCACACCAUUCGUUGCUAUCAUGUUAAGACCCGAGAAUGUGUGGAGCAGUUAGAGCUGGAAGACCGGGUUCUCUGCCUCCAUAGUAGAUGGCGAAUCCUCUAUGCAGGACUGGCAAACGGCACUGUGGUCACCUUUAGCAUAAAGAACAACAAACGACUGGAGAUCUUUGAAUGUCAUGGCCCUCGGGCAGUCAGCUGUCUUGCUACAGCACAGGAAGGUGCCCGAAAACUGCUGGUUGUGGGAUCUUACGACUGCACCAUUAGUGUACGUGACGCACGGAAUGGACUGCUCCUCAGAACUCUGGAGGGCCAUAGCAAAACCAUCCUGUGCAUGAAGGUGGUGAAUGACCUUGUGUUCAGCGGUUCCAGUGAUCAGUCAGUUCACGCUCACAACAUUCACACCGGGGAGCUUGUGCGAAUCUAUAAAGGCCACAACCAUGCAGUGACUGUGGUCAACAUUCUGGGAAAAGUGAUGGUGACUGCCUGUCUGGAUAAAUUUGUUCGUGUCUAUGAAUUACAGUCUCAUGAUCGAUUGCAAGUUUAUGGAGGACACAAAGACAUGAUUAUGUGUAUGACCAUCCAUAAAAGUAUGAUUUAUACUGGCUGUUAUGAUGGCAGUAUUCAGGCUGUGAAGCUAAAUCUGAUGCAGAAUUACCGCUGUUGGUGGCACGGCUGCUCUCUGAUAUUUGGAGUUGUCGAUCAUUUAAAACAACACUUGCUGACUGACCACACUAAUCCAAACUUUCAGACUCUAAAAUGCCGGUGGAAGAACUGCGAUGCUUUUUUCACUGCUAGGAAAGGAUCCAAGCAGGAUGCUGCUGGACACAUUGAACGACAUGCUGAAGAUGACAGCAAAAUCGAUUCAUGAAGUUUUUCGCCUCCCAUGUUGGGAAGUUAUUUGUUGGACUCUUUUAAGAUAGACCCCUUACACAUGCCACUCUCGCCCCCUCCCAAGUGAAGUGAGGAAGGAGAAAGUGGUUACCAGCCAGCUUACCACUAACAUAAGUCUGGGCAGCUCUAUGGAAUGACAGGUUACUCUUCAAAUUCUUGCUGCAGAUUUUAAACAGAUUUAAAUGUUGUUUAAGGAAUCAUACUCCUCCACAGUAGUGUGAAUGUUGUGAUUUAUGCUGCUAGUAUUUUCCAGUUGUUAUUAAAAGUUCAGAUCAUAAUUGGUUACCCAGUUUGACCCUAAUCAUACUUAAAUUUUAUUGAUUUCAGUUUCUGAUUGUUAGUUUAUGUUUUUAUGAUGGUUUAAACCUGUAGUUAGGCUUUUAAGUACAAGUUUGUCCAAAUGUUAGAUUUUCAGGAUCAGUUUUAAUUUUACCACUUGUAAUAACUGAGUAUUUAAAUCAGAAGCAAGUAGUUCCUUUCCUAAUGAUUAUGUACAGUGGAUUUCAUUCUUUUCUUGCUUUGCAAAUGGACAGAGCUGGUGUUCAGUACUAAAGGGCACACAAGAUUUUUGAUAAACACCAAGAGUGGCUGCUCCGCUGACUACGUUUUAGGAAUUCAGAAAGCAAGUCAUCCUUGCGCACUCCUGUGCUCACCGCGAGGCAGCACACCAACCUGGGCCUCCCUGCUGCGGGUCCUGUCAGGGUCGUAAACUGGAGAUGAACCUUUAUCUUCCUUUGCAGUUCCUCAUUCUCCGAGCCUGAUAGAGGUUUGGAAAUUCUUGGGUUGCUCAUCGGCACCGCUCUCCCCCACACUCUGCUGGUGCCGAGACUGAUGGAGGCCUUCCAGUGUUCCUCCAGGCCUGUAAGGGGUUUCCAGAAGUGUGGAGGACUUCCUGGGGACUUAGUUCUGAACCAAGUGUCUGCCCACACUUGCCCAGCAGCUGGGUGGUAAGAGUGGAGUAAGGUGAAGGGAAUGACUCUACCAUCCAUUGAGAACACCCAGUUAACCAUGUCUUACUGGGACUGCUGUGUUCUGGGAUUUUUUUGUCUGUACUCUGACCAGUAAAGCUGUUACAGGUGUUACUUUCCAGCUUUUUGUUUCUCAGAUUCUGAAGAGACAUAGAAAAAAGAAGAGGGAGGGGCCCAGGGGCUCACCUCAAGCUUCAGGAUGUGAGAGCUGCAGUUUUCUAGGACUGCAGAGCAUCCAGUUAGCCCACGCAAUGAGUGCUCCCCACGUCUACUCGACACCUGCUCACAGGUGCUUGGACAGGGAGCCUUCAUCAGGGGUUCAUGCGUAGGCUUUAAGAGGGUCUGAACCCCCUGAAAUUGUAUGCAAGACUGAAUGUGUGUUCUUUCCAGCAAAGGUUCCAGUGUUUCUGACUGAAUCCAAAAAAAGUUAAGAGCUAAUCUAGGAGCUACUGCUGGAUAAUGGACAGCCCCUUGUAAGGGCCACCUGUUUUCUCCUUGUGAGAAAACUCUUGUCAACCACUCUGUUGAAAUUUGCAUGAUGUAAAAGAGACCAGAGAAGAUCUUGCUGCACAAAAUGUAUUUGUGGUGUUUCUAAAUUAGAUUUAGGAGCUUUCCCCACCUCUAACCCCCCAGUUCCUAUAAGUGACUGGAGAAGCCAAGUCGGUAGGGUAGGGAGGGAAUGGCAAUUUCUUAGGGAGUAUAUUUGGAUUUAUUGCCAGACCUGGGACGUUUCUCUGGGUUGGGUGAAGCUGUAUGUGCACAGGGGCAGGGCAAGGUGCCGGGAAAGCCUUGGGAGCUUGGUUGUGGAGUCCUCCUGUUCUGCCCCCAGAUGCAUCUGGCGAGAUAGGAGUGGUAGGGCCUUUAUAGAGCAGGAAAGGGGGAGGAGAGGUGUUGGGCAACUGAAGGAAUUACUGGCUGACAGGGCAAGAACUGUGGUUCAGGUAUAGCUUUGGGAAACGUGUAUGUGUCAUUUCAUCAGUUGUCUUUGAAGCAGUAGCAGUAAGGUCUAUAUUUCACGAACCUGUGAAAAUGUUUUCAACACCAGGUUAGUGUGUUACACCAAAUGAACUGUUUUUACCCUUUGUUGAGAAAUAGAGGGACAGUAAGCAUCUUGGCUGCUUCUGGUUAUUGCCUGAGUUCUGCAGAACUUUGGUUUUUAAGUCUUCUACAAUGCCAUUGCUGAUUGCAACCCUCUUUUCUCCUCAGAGAAGAGCUGUGGCUCAGAGAUCUGCACACUCUGCUGUUGAGUGGCUUGAAGAAGGAAGGAAACUGUUAAAUGACUUGGCAAAACCCACUCAUUUCUUAAUUAUUUGUGCUUGUUUACGGGGUCAAAGCCAAGAAAUUCAUAGCAUCAGUCAUUUCAUACACAUAGGCUAGUGUUCUAAUGGCAGUUUGUUCUGAUAAAUUGCCACUUCAAGUUUUAUGUGAAAGUUUUUAAUUAGUUUCAAAAUAUAUUUUGCCAUACUCCUCAGUUACAAAACAAUAAAAUACAAUGCAAACAGAAAACAGUUAUCUUGACUUGAUGUUACCUGAACUUGAGAGAAAGUCAUUACUUACUAUUACACUCGUGCUUUUGUGGAGAAAAAUUUUUCUCCCUCUGAAAAGUUAGCAGUUGAGUAUUUAGCUCCUGACCUAACUAUAGUGUGUAGGCAAUGUUAUUACUGUUCAAGUGAUUAUUUGCCUAACAAAGGUUUUGUUCUGACUUUUUUCCUGCUAGAUGUUCCAGUGGACAAUGUUAGUGACUAGGUAUGUGGAUGAUUUGGUGGGAGUAGGUGUACACUUAGUGCAAUGGCCUGGUAUUUUUUGUGGAAGAGAAUUCUUUGGAGGAGAGCUCGAACUACACAGUAAGACUCGAACAGCACGUACUCUGGUUUGCUCAACUAACUAUAAUCUAUAUAUGCAUAUAGAAGUUUUGUCCUGUUAUUAUGAAGGCCAUGCCUGCCACUUUUAUGAAAUGGUAGUUUCAUCCCUGCCCCAAAUCAUUAGGAUCCUCAGGGUUUAAGAGAAGUGUUCUGAGAGGUAGGUAGAGAAGCUAUGGUGGAGGUGAUUUGGACUACACUGAGUUCCAUAUUCAAGUGGAUGUGAAAUCCUCAUAAACCAAACCUACUACAGCCUCUCACCUCCAGCACCCAGUAUGUGGCCCUGCUGGGUCACGUGGUGACUAAAGUUCCCCAGAUUUUCUUGAAUUCAGGGUCGUAGCCCAUAUGAAUAGGGGAAGGAGGAGGUCGGAGGAAAGGCUGUAGAAGAUUUUAUGCCCUAGAGCUGCUCCAGCACCCUUAGUUUCUCAUUUUUAUAUAUUGAAUAUGGAUGAGAACAAUGAAAUGAGAUGACUUUAAAAAUGUUUAUAAGCAAAUAGCCUAGCCUUCUUACAUUUUGGUAUAAAGCUGUGAACUUCAUAACUUUGUAAAGCAAGAUAUAAAGCAAAAAUGAGAGGGAAAUAAAGUACUUUUACUAAUUGAC